UUCAAUCUGUAGUCGAGAUUAUCAUCAUUUUAGUGAUUGUCACGACGAAAUGGAGGAGGAUAAGUUUAUUCGCGUGCAACAUCAAGCGAAAGAAAAUAGCGAAGAGUUAAAAGAUUUUCUGAGGGACUUAAAAAAUUGGGAAACGGAUGCAAAGAAGAGAGAUCGGGAACUCAAUGUCCAGAAAUUAUCCGAUGAAAACAAAUUACCACCAAUUAGAAAUCAAGUUUCGAAAUGUAGAAAAAAGAAAAAGAAAGCUGUAACAGAAAAUAAUAAUGGAAGUGUGGCAAAGAAUAAAAGAAUUUCAAGUUUUGAUUAUUCUUCAUGGGAUAAGUUUGAUGUAGAUGAAGCAUUAAAGCAAAUUGACGAUGAUAAAAAUUCAAGUACUAGUGAAGAUGCUGAUAAUAGUGAUGAUAAUAGUGAUGAUGAAUUAGAAACAGAACAGAGGAAACAAAAAGCACUUUUAGAAAAGGAUAAGGGAAAUGAAUAUUUCAAACAAGGGAAAUAUGAUGAAGCAAUAUCUUGUUAUUCAAUAGGAAUUGAAAAUGAUCCCACAAAUGCUAUCUUGCCUGCAAAUCGGGCAAUGGCACUUUUAAAGAAAAACCAAUUAGCAGCUGCGGAAGUUGAUUGUGAUUUAGCACUUUCUAUUGAUUCAACAUAUGUUAAAGCGUAUCUACGAAGAGGCUGUGCUAGAUUUGGACUUAAGAAAUUUGAAUUAGCUAAAGAAGAUUUUGAAAAAGUUUUAGAAUUAGAUCCAGAUAAUAAACAAGCAAAAAAUGAAUUAUUAAGGAUUGAAAAGGAAAUUAAAAAAAAUAAUCAAAAAGAUCAAGAAAUGAUGAAAACUAAUGAAAAAGAAGUUAUUCAAGCAAUUUGGCCUAGUGGUGAUAAUGAAAAAUCUAAUACAGAAACUAGUCAAGAAGACAAAAGUAUUGUCAAACCUAUAUAUAAACCACCUCAUUUACGUUCCAAGAAACCACUGAAAAAGAUAGAAAUUGAAGAAGUGUUAAGUGAUAGUGAUGAAAGUGUAGAAGAAAAUUCAACUACAUCUCCUAAUUCAUUAACAAAUAAUUCUACAACUAAAAAUUCUAACACAUCCAUCCCUGAAACAACAAAAUACAUUAGGAAAGAAUUACCAUCAAUUCCAUCUAAACCACAAACAGCUUAUCAAUUCUAUGCACAUUGGCAAACACUUCGAAAUUAUCCAGAUUUACAAUAUAAAUAUUUAAAGAAAUUAUCUCCUGAGCUCAUUCCAAAGUUAUUUCAUCAGUCAAUGGAAAUGGAUAUAUUUUCAAAUGUAAUUAUGAUUCUUAAUGAUCAUCUUAAUGAGAAUGAAGAUUCAUUUUUAUAUUUAAAAAAUUUGACUCAAGUUGGAAGAUUCAAAACUUUAGCCAUGUUUUUAUCUUCAAGUGAGAAAAAAGGUAUCUAAUUAAUAUGAAAUG